AUGGCGGCCAUUGCUGGUGCAGAUUUUCUAGUCCUUGUCAAUUUUGCUGUUUGCCAGUCGACCAUGUUCUGGAUCGUCAAGGAAAGCCUUGGUGAAAUACCGCUUCAAAUUUGUUGGUACAGCGCCUACACGUUCGGGCCAAUCUCAGGUCUGUGUCUGGCCUUGAUGUCCAUAGAUCGUGUGAUCGCAGUUCGUUUUCCACUACGAGCUGCCAGGUUGUGUACCACAGGUCGUGCCAAGAGGGCUGUGGUCAUCUCAUACACCGCCAUCAUGACCGUUAACCUCCAUAUAUUUGUUGUUUACAAAAAGGAUGGUGCUAACUUGGCGCGCGGUGGGCCUGCCACGCAGAGUUCAAUUUGGUGCGGUGCCGGGCCAAAUCGUGCUGUAGAUGGGAAUAGAAAUCCAAGCCACUACUUAGGGUCAUGCAGCCACACGGACAAUAACGUGAACCCCUGGUGGUCUGUUGACCUGGGCACGGAGGUGUCAGUCAGGACAGUCAUAAUCGUCAACCGAUUGACAAUUAGUGAGUGA